GACUUGACUCCGAGCAAACACACGGCAGCUGCUCUAGUGCUCUGUACUUUCCGCUCGCUCUCCACCCUCCACCCGGCGGCCGCCGAUCGAGACUAUGUAUCCGGCCAAGCCCAGCGAUCCGGCGCCGGAGCCGGUGACCGGCUUCCCCGUCGGCGGCGUCCCCGGCGCUCCGGCGGCGAGCCAGUGGUCCUCGGGUCUCUUCGACUGCUUCGACGACUGCGGCCUCUGCUGCCUGACGUGCUGGUGCCCGUGCAUCACGUUCGGUCGCGUCGCCGAGGUCGUGGACCGCGGCGCGACGUCGUGCGGGGCGAGCGGGGCGCUGUACGCGCUGCUGGCCUACCUCACGGGGUGCCAGUGGAUCUACUCCUGCACCUACCGCGCCAAGCUGCGCGCCCAGUUCGGCCUCCCCGAGAACCCCUGCUGCGACUGCUGCGUCCACUUCUGCUGCGAGCCCUGCGCGCUCUGCCAGCAGUACAAGGAGCUCAAGGCACGCGGAUUCGACCCAGACCUCGGGUGGGAACUCAACGCCCAGAGAGCCAACGCCGGCGGCGCCGCCAUGUACCCGCCCGCCGCACAAGGCAUGGGCCGCUGAACUCAUUCAUCGAUCUUGAUCUCAUCUCAUCCGUGCUGAGGAUCAUCAGUCGACGAGUUUAUUUGCUUCCAAUUCGUGCAUGGUGAAUUGUUAUGUACUGCUGUGUGUUAUUUGUGUGUGCGUUUGAUUUCUUUGUUCCAUGCUUUGGAAUAAAAAGAAUGUCAAUUAAGUGGUUCCCAAUUCAAACGUAGUGUUGCUCAAGUGCUAAUCUCCCUGUCAUCGGAAGGAAGUAAAAAAGAAAUGCUAAUAACAGUUUAACUUCA